CCCAUUUUCGAUGCCUUGGUUCGUUCUCUCCUCCAGCGAUCGAGAGUUUCUCUCUCUACUCUCCAGCGCCGAGUUUUAGAGAGAGAGAGAGAGAGUCUGCAGGAAAAUCGUUCGACGACGAGCUAAGGUCAGCAAAAAAGAUCGAAUCUUUCCUACUGGUUUCGUUCAGUUGAAUCUCGAAACCCUUUUGUGGCGAGAAUCGCGUUGAAGGAAUCGGGUUCUUGUUGAGUAUUUGGGGAUUUUGGAAUCGGAACCCUACCUCUGUCUUUUUGCUGAACUUGACUGAAUCCACAGGGCUUUUGAUUUGGUUGGUGUUUCUUGAUACUUGGAUCGAGUGAUGUGUCCUCUGCCGCCGGAUUCUUCGCCGCUUGACAUCGGUGAGCAGUCGACCGAUGAAGAAAUCGUGCAGUUCUUGUGGGGGAGGAAAGUUGGGGAUCCGAUACCGUCGAAUGUGAUCACAGGAGUGAACCCUUUCAGCAUCGACCCCCGAAGCUCUCCGGAGGGUAUUUGGUUUUUGUACACUUCAGAGGAGUCACAAUCUCAUAACGAAGGAGGCAUUAUCAAAGUAGUAAAUGGAUACUGGAGAUCAAUGGAUGAUUGCAGAAUAUUAGCUAGCACUCCCGCUGUAGGUAGGAAAACUACGAGGCAAUUUUAUGUAGGCCAAGCACCCUUCGGAGAUCAAACCGGUUGGAAGAUGCAAGAAUAUUUUGCAGAUCAGAUUGUUGCUCAGGACUGUAGCACUUUGUGUAGAAUCUUCUUGCAAAAUGAUGAAGUGUUAGAUACUGGUGAACAAUAUGACCCUGUGAAUCCAGGUGAUGCUGAUGGUGAGUACAUAGAAGCUGCGCUGCUGAGCCUUCUGGAACAAGAUGAUAGAAACUCUUCCAGGGAUGGUGCUGUUGGAUCCCAAGCAGAACAAAAAUCUAGCCAGGUGGCUGAUGAAGACAAGCAGAGGCAACUUGAAUCAUCCAGCAGACACUUUGAAGAUUCAGUAAAUGAAAACUCCAUGGAGCAUAUGCAAGCUGGAUAUGAUUUCUCAAAGGAGGAUUUCCUGGAACUAAAAGAUCUAUAUGAUCCUAUAUCAUCCUCAUCCAGUUCAGACAAUUCUAGCUUUGUGUCCAUGAACUCUGAUGAGUGCUUUGAUGCAGAAGCUUUGUUGAGAGACAUCGAGAAUGAAGGUGGCCUGGACAUUGAGGAACAUGUAGAUUACAGGCUCAGCGUCGCUACAGCUGUCAGAUCAAACCGGGUGGUCAUUCAACCGUCACCAGAAGCUUUCAGCAACUGCCGCAAUUUGGUGGUGAAUGAGAGCGAGACAACCACUGCUACUACUCCAGCGUACCCUGUCUUGCCUUCAUCCAAUAUUGAUCAACAAAAUGAUAGCGAAGGUUCCACAUCCAGUUCGUCUAAAGGAAAAGGAAGUAACGGGAGUGGAAGUCAAUGUGGAAGUUCACAAGGAGGCAGCCCUUCCCGGAGUUCAGGAUCUAAGUUCCGAAAGAUCGGAAAGCUUGGUAGAAAAUACUGCUGCCUAGGGCCUUUCUAACCUUGCUUCCAGAUUUUAAUUCAUCAGGCAACUUGAUUAGAGCCUAAUACAAGCUAAAGAAGGCAUCAGCUUCCUUGUGAAGUUCUCAAAGUAUUUAUCAGUUUUUUAAGUUAAAUAGUACGGGCAACUCUAAUUGAGGCUGUGAAGUUCAGAACCCUCUGUUUGCUUGGCUGAGGACGAAAUUUUGAUUUCUUCCAAAAUCAACAGUAGGUGAAAAGUUGAUGUACAUAUAUGAAAGGUAGAAUAUAUACCAUCCCUGAAGUGCAAACCAUUUGGGUUUCCUACGGUCAUGUAAAUUAUAUGGAACAACUUGUAUUCCAUCAAAAAAAAAAAAAGCAACUUGUAGUCAAUAUAAUUGAAUUUGAGAAAAACGAUUACUAUCAUUAUUGAAAGUACUCUUAGUUAUUUGGAUAA